UAGGGGAGGGAACAUGGAUCGAGAAAGGGAACUGGAAUUCAUUUGUAGGGAAAGCUGACAUCCGAAGGCUGAACAAAUAACUUGGAAUUCCGCUUCCGUUUGGGAGAGGGUAAACUCUGACUAAACUCAAGGUAGAUAACUGUGUAAGUCUGUAAUUCCCCCCCGCCUGCUUCUAAAAAACAACAGGAAAAAAAUAUCAUCGAUGGCUUCCUCACCACAGAAAUCUCCGUCUUCUCCAAAAUCUCCGACCCCUAAAUCGCCACCUUCAAGAAAGAAAGAUGACUCUUUUCUUGGGAAGCUUGGAGGAACUUUGGCAAGAAGGAAAAAAGCAAAAGAAGUGUCUGAACUGCAGGAGGAAGGAAUGAAUGCCAUCAAUCUGCCCCUCAGCCCAAUUCCUUUUGAGUUGGAUCGUGAAGACACCAUGUUAGAGGAGAAUGAAGUUAGAACAAUGGUUGAUCCAAAUUCAAAAAAUGACCCCAAGCUUCAAGAGCUAAUGAAGGUUAUAAUAGACUGGAUUAAUGAUGUGCUAGUUGGAGAAAGGAUCAUCGUGAAAGACCUUGCAGAGGAUCUGUACGAUGGGCAGGUUCUUCAGAAGCUUUUUGAAAAGCUGGAGGGUGAGAAACUGAACGUUGCAGAAGUGACUCAGUCUGAAAUCGCCCAGAAGCAGAAAUUGCAGACGGUCCUAGAGAAGAUCAAUGACACUCUGAAAAUCUCCCCUAGGAAUAUCAAGUGGAAUGUCGACUCUGUUCACGCUAAGAGCCUGGUGGCCAUUUUGCACUUGUUGGUGGCUCUGUCCCAGCAUUUCAGAGCCCCCAUUAGGCUUCCUGACCAUGUGUCCAUACAAGUGGUGGUAGUUCAGAAACGUGAGGGAAUUCUUCAAUCUCGCCAGAUCCAGGAGGAAAUCACUGGCAACACUGAGGCUUUAUCUGGCAGGCAUGAGCGGGAUGCUUUUGAUACACUAUUUGAUCAUGCUCCAGACAAACUCAACGUUGUUAAAAAGACCCUGAUAACAUUUGUGAACAAGCAUUUAAACAAACUGAAUUUGGAGGUAGCCGAACUGGACACUCAGUUUGCUGACGGUGUCUACCUUGUUUUGCUCAUGGGCCUUUUGGAGGGAUACUUUGUCCCACUAUACAACUUCUUCCUUACACCCGAAAACUUUGAUCAAAAGGUGCAUAAUGUGUCCUUCUCCUUUGAGCUAAUGCAGGAUGGUGGACUGGAAAGACCCAAACCCAGACCUGAAGAUAUUGUGAACUGUGACCUGAAGUCAACCCUGAGAGUGCUCUAUAAUCUGUUUACAAAAUACAGGAAUGUGGAGUAAAAAGGAAGUGACAGGAGUUGGGUUUCCAGAGCAACUACCGCUGGAGGGAAGCUGCUUUUCCUGCCUUCAGAUCUUACCCAGUGAAAAACAAAAAUACCACUGCAGCCAUAAAGAGUAGCUGAAGUCUGAUGCAGAAUUCCAAGUUUUUAAAAGGAUAUGGGGCCAUUGUGAAGAACUCAAGUAUAGAAUAAUGUCAAAAUUAAGUUAUAUAAAUGGUUCUAGGAAUAGAAUUUCAAUUCUAAAUAUGACUUAACAUUGUUAAAAAGGUUUAACUGGUUAUAUUCCAUAAGCAACAGUAGUAAAGAGAUUUUUGCGAUUUGUGUUUUUACCUGUUACAAUCCUUGUGGUCUGUAUGAUUCUCUUUUCUGAUUCGCCUUGCUGCGAAUGUUGCAACACCACAAAUUACCUAGUGUAAUAAGAGAUGCAUUGCUACCCUGGAACUAUUUUGAAAAUGACAAGUUCCACAAUAAUCAUCUAAUGUACUUACUUUUGCAGAUGUUUUUUUUUUUAUCUCGUCUUUAAUUAGGAUGGCAAUUAACAUUCAAACUAGGAAGAACAACCAAAAACAUAAACAAUGUACAAGACAGUGUACAAGGAAGAAAUUAACAAAAAUUAGUAUUUGAAAUUACCUUUUAACGUAAUUCACUUGAAAUGUAUGCUUAAAUGAAUAAUAUCCAUGAAUAGGACAAGACUUCUAAAGAGUUAGUUUAGUGCAUUAUAGAUAGGGUAGAGUUUUGGGCUAACAUCCACACCAAAGUACUGUUUAUUACUGUAGUAUUAUAUAGCACCUCAAUACAAUUCUGCAGUUUGUUUUAUUUUAAGUUUCUGAAUGUGUUUUGGUUGUAUUGGUAAAAAAAAAGAUUUAAAGGCUAGCAGGCAUUAAAAAUGCAAAAAAUUCAACUUUAUCUCUUAAAACUUAACACCACAGUGCUGUCUGCUAAAUUGUUGCCUGUUGGUAUGUUCUGUUAAUGUAUAAACGGGUUUAAGGAAUUCCUCAGUAAAGUGUAUAAUUAAAGUUUGUAUGUUCAGUAUUUGGUGAAAGUGAAAACACUGCAUUUGCUUAAAAUAAUUUGCAGUAUAUUUCAUGAUCAAAAUAUACUUAUCAUUUAAAGUAUUUUGAAAUUAGUUUAAUGCAGGACAAAAUUUCAAUUCUCUUAUUUUUAUCUACUGUGCUAUAAUAUCUUACCUUUAUACGUUUAGAUUGACUAAAAUAUAUCUUUCUUUGUAUUUUGCCUAACUAAAACAUUUAAUAUUUUACAUAACAUUUUAUGUUUUAGUUAAGUCUUGUUUUCUUGAAAGUCUCAUACUAUGAUAAUUUGGAAGGAGGUAUUGUCUUACAUGCAGGUGUAGUAUUUUCAUAUUUUCUAGAAGUUACCUGAAUGGUAAUUUAAUCAUUCAAAGCAAGCUCAUUAAAUAUAAUUCCAAAGAAAGUACAAUUGUAAAGAGCUUUCCUUAGAUUGAACACAUUUAAACAAUCUUGUGGUUAUAAAAAUAGUUACUGACAUUAAUGACUUUUGCAUUUGAAUGUUUGAAUAAUUUUACAGAGCAUGUCUUAUAUCUGUCUCAACAUCUCUCAACAAAAUCUCUAAUGUUUGUAUGUAACAUAAUGUAACACAAAAACAUUAUGUAAUGUUUUGUACGACUGUCUUGAUUUAUGUAUUAUAGUAAUGCCAUUUCUGUGUGGUAAAUCCUUAACUAUUCCUGUAGUUUAAUUUUUUAAUUUAAAUUUAUAUGCAAAUUAAUGAAACCAUAAUAUAAAGCAAUUUCUUGCUCAAAAGUAGUUAUCUUUGCUUAAGAAAAAUAGGUUCCUAAGUAAAUAGAAGAAUUAGUGCAUUAAAUCUAGCUUGCAAGAUAGCAGUGAAAACUUGUAAUUGCAGAUUGGCAAAUUUCCUGUCUGGCAAAUAUAUCUGUAUAUAUUUGCACUCUGUAGGGGUUUUAAGUACAUGAUAUAUCAGAUGGCAUAACAGAAAAAUUAGAUUCAUUGUGUGAAUAAUCAAAAGUCUUGCUUCUGUGUGUUUGGAAGAAAACAAGUUUAAGAAAGUGGAGAAACACUUUCGUUCAAGACAGAGCAGUAUAGGAAUGCUCACAUAAUCAGAUUGCACAGUCAUUUUAAGUUCUCUGUAACAUAAUUGCUGUUUUAGUAAUACUAAAUGAGGUUUCACAUUUUUAACUUGAUCAAAUGAUGUGCUGUUAUAAUUCUUUCCCUGCACAGAUUGAUUCUAAUACAUUUCCCUCAAGUUGCCCUGGAAUAAAGUACUUUGUUAUAACUUAGUUACAACAAACGUAGUUAUUAAUUUAAAGAGAAGUUUUAUUAGUUUGAGCAAAAAGGCUAAAUAAAAUUUCCAGGCCUUAAGCUUCCAAGGGUAGAGAGUAGGCACACACUAUAAAUCAAGAACAGCAGAUGGCGAGCUAUUUUUUGAAGUAUCUGCUGCGUGGGUGUUUAUAAAAAAAAAAACCUUCCCUUGUAUUUUUUAAUUUGAAGGUCACAGUAAUAGUUCAUUUUAUUGCAAUAGUUAAAGAGCAGGUCUUUUGUGCCUUGCACAGCACUGCCCAUUCUUUGGAUUUGUGUUCAUUUGUCAUCCAUUGAAUUAGUGUAAUUUUUGUCUUAAUCACUAGUUACCUUUUUUAAAAAAUUUGAAUGCUUAUUGAAAAUCUAUAGAACAAUUGUGGGGAAAAAUAUAUGGGAACAUAUUUUGCUUGCUUUUAUAGGCUUUCAUGUGUUUAACCUAAAAAGAAAAGGGAUGUCUAUCAAAGUCUCCCAAAAAUAAUGUGUCUAACGGCGAAGGGAAUGUAAUGUUGUCAAUUUCUGUUUUUCCACAGUGAAAAUUCCACAGCGUGGCUUAAUUGGUUUUCGAAAGAAUGCUGUUGUUCUAUUAGUCCCAUGAUGAUGUCGGUGAUCCAGUCUUUGUUUAUGAUGUUAUGUUCUCAAUCUUUAAUUUACGUUUUUGAGUAUCAGUUUAAAUGUGACAUAAAUUCAGACCUCUAGCCUGUUUAUUGGCUGGCUAUAAAUUCACAGGUCAAAUUUUCUUUUUAAAUAAAGGUAAAAUAACAGUGAUCCAUGAAUUCAUUUUUGUCAACUAUGAAUUCCACAUAAAGCAUUUGGUAGAAAUAUGACUUUGUUUCUGUACCACGUAUACUGUAGGUGAGAAGAACCAAACCUGUCUUUUGUUUCUUCAGGUUAAGCAUUUGAACUAAUGCUGUACAACGAGGGAAGCUGUGUUUCCAAACGAAUGUAAUGUUGUCAGUAGUGCCAAAAUCAACAGGGUUGUUAUUUCUUAAGAUUCCAUUUAUCAUCAAUGUUCCUUGCUUUUGAAUUGUAUAAUUUAAAAGAGGAGAUAUCCAGAACUAAGUCAUACUGUUUGUUAGAGGACUGUUGUGCUUUACCUAGUAAUGUUAAAAUGUAGAAGACUGGCUUACAGUAGACCUAGAUUCUGCCUUCUGCACAAUAGCAGACAUGACGAAUCAUGAAAAAUAGUACAGUAUUUGUGACAUUUUUCACUAUUUCUAUUAAGUCUUUGUAAGUGUGUUCACUUAAGUGGGUUGUAACAAUACCUUUCAGCCCAUUGUUCAGCUGCAUUAUCUGGAAAGCUAUUAUCACUAAACCUUCAGGAUUAAGAGCUUUCAGUGUCUUCAUAUAAGCUUCCUAGGAUAGCGAAAAUUACAGAAAAGAACACCUGUGUUAUUGAGAAUCUGGGUUAAGGUAUCCUGAAAAGGAAAGAGCCACCAUUAUCCUGAAAUUACUCUAGCAUUUCUUGCUCAUUCCCCGUAUAUUAUGUAUAUUAUACUAAACUUGGAGUGAUGACUUCAACUGGGUCCUUCUUAUUAGGAAGUGCAUUCUCUGUAAGCAUUGAGGGCAGGAGUUAUUGUUCAUUUUACAAAACAGGAAGAAAGGUGGGGCUAUUUGCCAAUAAAUAUAAAUAUAAACUCAUUACAUUUUGUAAAAUAUUUCUACUUACCAUCUUGGUGCUUUUUAAUUUCAACACAUUUUUCAAAACUCAUGCCUGGUGUUAGAAACUGAUUGUGUGCAAAAGAGGAUGUUGGACAGUCACAGAGCUUUCCAGAAUGUCUUUACGGACACUUGCCUUUUUAGACCAAACAUAUGUUUUAAUUCCCUACAUUUCAUCAGCUGAUUUAAUAGCCCUAAUGAAGUUGAACUGUGCAAUUUAAAAGAGGAACUGUUUUAACACCUGCUGUGUUGUCUUUCCUGCAUGGUUUACAUUUUGCCUUUGUUUAUGCAGUGUGAGAACUAUGCAUUUUCUUUUACUUAAGCAGUUUUGUUUGCUGACCCUUUCUAAAAGUUAAUGGCACUUAUACUGUGGCUUUAUCUGUGUUUAUCAUAUGUAUGAUCAUUUUAAUAUGAUUGGUUUUUAAGAAGCUUUAAAGAGCAGCUGCAUGAUCAUCAUUAUUCCUGAUGUAAACAAGUGGUGAAAGAAACUGUCAUCUACUUGGUCAGUAAUAAAUAUUUAUUCUGAUAACUGUCAUUAGCUUUAGCAGUGCCCAUGCACUCAUAAGUCAUCUGAAGGUUACUUUUAGAAUGGAAUCACGCUUCACAUAGCCUUUAGAUUGCCUUGGCUUUUAAUUGACAUACUUGUUGAAGAAUAUUGUAUUGACAGAUGUGAAAACUGACCGAUUUUGUUUCAGUGAUUAACAAUAAGCAAUUCUCUCUUAAACGGAGAUCAAGGAUAAAGGCUCACUCAGUAUCCUUAACAAACACAUUGAAUUUACUUUCUAGCCCUUACAUAAGUCAUGGUCAAGAAGUGAAUUUAAGAUAUAUUUUUCAUGCUCUUGGGUCUUUCCUUGAUCAAGAAAUGUAUUAAGAAUUACCAACAGAAAACUGAAAAUAUCCAGUUCUCUGUGCCUUCCCAAAACCAUUAUUUUGGGUUUUAGGUGAUAUUGAUGUCUUAAACAUUUCAAAUUUGCUCUUUAACUUAUUUUCAACCAAUGUAAAAUACUGUCUUUUAAUUUCCAAAUACUAAAUACCUGGUACAUGACCACUCUUAUCAUCUUACCUUUCAUUUUAACAACCAUUUAAUUGCCAAAAUAUUUUAUAUCAUAUAUUAAAGUAAUGUAUUAUUUGUCACUUUUUUUUAAACAUGCCCACUUUAGUGUUUUAUGAAGUUAUCAUUUUUGGAUAUUUGCAGUUGCAUGUGGAAAAUGCAUUAGUUAGAUUUUCAGGAAAUUGCUUUACUGAAGUGUUGUGUUUUUUUCACACUGCCCUGUAUUAAUGAGUUAUUAUUCAUUGUUUCUUUGGUUGAAAAAGCCUUGUAUCUUGGUUGUAUUUUUUUCCUUGAAAGAGCAAUUAACAAUUUUGUUAUAUUUUAUAUUUUGUUAUAUUUUUGGUUAGUAUUUUCUGUAUAACUGUGCAUAAAUGGAGAGAAAGAUAGAGAAGAAAUGCUGUUGAGGUCAACUUGAUAUGUAGCUCUGCUGGUACAAAUAUUUUUGGUGUUUCCAAGUCCAUUGCCUGUUUUACAGAAAGGCUUUCAAAAAUGACAUGAAAAUCACUGUUCCUGCUUAAACAGGGUUUAAUGCUAUUUUAAUAUGCUUCUCGGUUUCUGUUAUAGUUUGCCCCAGCAUGUUUUUUAAUAACUAUAAAAGCUCGUAUCUGCAAUAAUGUACAAAGUAUGUUUUGUUUUUCUGUAUUGUUUAUAGAUUCCAAAGAAACAUAAAUGUGUAUUCAAUAUUUUUCUUGGCAUUCUUCUUGGUCCACACUCCACUCCCCAAAUGUUUAUGCUUUCUAUUAAGUACACACCGUUUCCUUUCUGGAAAUCUUUUCUUUGUUGAGCUUAUAUACAGAAAUGAAAUGUAUUUAAGUUUGUUUUAAACACUGUUCAGUUAAAUAAAAUAUAUUUAUAAAAUA